CCCUCCAUCGCAGAGGAAUUCGCUGCUCACAAUGGUGACGUGCAUUGCGUUCACGUGGGAAGGAACUCGUGCAAGGUCAUAGCCACUGGAGGAUCAGAUAGAAAGGUGAAUGUCUGGGCGCUCGGGAAACCAAAUGCUGUCCUCAGUCUGACAGGGCACACGUCCCCAGUGACGAGCAUUUGUUUCGACGGGCAAGAAGAGGUGAUUGUUGGAGGCUCUUCGAGUGGAACGAUCAAACUGUGGGAUCUCGACCAAGGAAAAGCUAUUCGAACGUUGCUGGGACAUAGAACAGAUUGUCUGUCUGUCGAUUUCCACCCCUACGGCGCUUUCUUUGCAUCAGGGUCACUUGACACAAACUUGAAGAUAUGGGAUAUCAGGAGGAAAGCCUGCAUUCAAACGUACAAAGGUCACUUACAAGGGGUCACUGCCGUUCGUUUCAGCCCCGACGGCAAGUGGAUCGUCUCGGGCUCGGAAGAUGGGCAAGUCAAGUUAUGGGACUUGACAGCCGGCAAGAUUUUGUGCGAGUACGAGCACGAAGGACCUAUAACCUCCCUUGACUUCCAUCCUUCUGAGUUAGUCAUGGUGACAAUUUGGAUGAUGAGAUACCGUAGGAAGUAG